GAGAGAGCAAGUGAGAGAAAACCCGAAACCACAAAUCCAAAAAAUUCAUAUGUGAAUCAAAAACGCCCCAAUAUUCAACACCCACUAUUCUAACAUUCUUUUAUAGUUUUUCCUUUUUUUACAGCAUCAUAUUCGAUAAAUCACAAGACCCAGAAUUUUUCCACAACAAAAAACAAACCGAAAUAAAGAAAAGAAGUGAUGGGUGGGAUUAGAAAGACAAAGGGGAAUUAUUGUUUUGUUUUUGGGUUUUGUGGGUUUACAUUAUUUCAAGUCUUUGAAUUCUCUGUUGUUAUUAUCCUUUUUCUUCCCUUUUAUCCUCACUGCACAAAAGAAAAACAAGACAAUCACAACUUUAAUACGAGUAAUUAUUAAUUUUUGUACAACUACUCGCAGUAGCAUUACUGUUUAGCCAUUUUUAUAUAUUCUUUUUCGUAUUUUGUUUUCUUGGUUCGCGAGUGUAAGUUUGAGUAGCAGCAAAUUUAAUUGUAUUUUAUUGUGGGUAUUAAAAUCACAAAUCUUCACCGCACAUCUUUUGUCAAAGUUGAGUUUUUUUGGGUAUGUACCAAUAGCCAAUAGAUUAUCUUGAGCGGCCGUGAAGGGUUUUGCUCAUUCUACACUCUUCUUAUUUAUUUAUUUAUUUUUUUGUUUGUGGAGAGAAAAUGGGUAUAGGAAUUUCCUUAGUUGAAUUGAAUUCGAAAGCCCUAAGCUUUUAGGGCGUGGGUUGUGAAAUUCAUACUUCUGUUGUUCAAUGGGAGGAUGCGUUGUGAGGGGUUGAUCUAUUUGAGCUAAAAAAUUUUGUUGGGUUGAUUUAUUUGAUCUGUUUUAGAAUAUAGUGAAGUUGGGCUUUUGUGAUUUUGGAGUAAGAUGGAGACUGAUGAAGGAGGUGAGAGAGGCGGAGGAGGAGAUGGUGGUGUAAGUGGGGUGGCCGAGAAGAACUCGCCGGAGGCUGAACCUAAGGUGAAGCGGAAAAUGAAGACUCCUUCUCAGCUGGAAAUUUUAGAGAAAACUUAUGCCAUGAUUGCAGUCGAGGCAUACCCUUCGGAGGCCCUGAGAGCCGAGCUUUCGGUCAAAUUAGGCCUUACUGAUCGGCAGCUUCAAAUGUGGUUCUGUCAUCGGAGGUUAAAGGACCGAAAGGCCCCCCAAGAGAAGAAGCUAAAAAAGAGUGCCUCGUCAUCCGCAGCUGCGGGGUCCCCCAGUGGGACUGCGCACAGAAUAGUGGUCAAGAAUGCUGAUGUGGCGCCAGGCGGGCCAGGUGGGCCGGGCUUAGAUCUCUACUGGAAUACGAAUAUGCAGCACCAGCAGCAAACAAGAGUAGCUCAUAAAGUGGGGACAGCUGUGCCUAGGAUAUCAAUGGAGUCACUGCCCACAAGGAGAUUCUAUGAGCCGCCUUUAGCCGUAUCAGAACAGAGAGCGAUUAAGUUUGUGGAGGCCCAGUUGGGAGAGCCAUUGAGAGAGGAUGGGCCAAUAUUGGGGAUGGAGUUUGACCCGUUGCCACCUGGCGCAUUUGGUGCACCUAUUGUUACAUGCGAACAACAGAAAGCAGCUUGGCGGUCUUAUGAACCCCAAUUAUAUGAGAGGACAGAUGCUAAACCAGUCAAGGGUGCUUCAGGGGCUGUCCAUGAAUACCAAUUUCUCCCUGAGAAGCCACCUGCUAGGUAUGAUGACUAUGACAGAGCUAUGCCACCACAUUUUUACGGUUUGCCUAAUCCAAUAUCAAACGUGAGACCUGUGAUACAUAGCAAUGAGCAAGUAUCUUCUGAAUACCUCCAAAACCAGAUGCCGGACUUACAUAUUUUACCUCAGCAAAGCAUGCAGAAGGUUCACUUGUCUCCCGCUCCCAGAGAAGUUGAUAUUCAUCCUCCAUUGGACUCCAUGGUGCAUACCAGCAUUGACACUCAUCUUCUUGUUCAUCCAGUCACUCGUUUGGCUGAUAAAAGUAUAACACCAGAUAAACGCAUCGUACUUGACCAUGAAAGAUUGGAGAGGAAGCGGAAGGCCGAAGAAGCUAGAAUAGCCAAGGAAGUCGAAGCUCACGAGAAAAGGAUGAGAAAAGAGCUAGAGAAACAAGAUAUCAUAAGGAGAAAGAGAGAAGAGCAGAUGAGAAAAGAGAUGGAAAGGCAGGACCGUGAACGGCGAAGGGAAGAAGAGAGACUAUUGCGUGAAAAGCAGCGUGAAGAGGAGCGAUACCUCAAGGAGCAAAGGCGUGAAAUGGAACGAAGGGAAAAAUUUCGACAAAAAGAAUACAUAAGAGCGGAGAAAAUGAGGCUUAAAGAAGAAAGGCGUAGGGAGAAGGAAGCUGCUAGGCUGAAAGCUGCAAACGACAGGGCAGCUGCUCGCAAAAUUGCAAAGGAAUCAACGGAGUUGGUUGAAGAUGAAAGGUUGGAACUCAUGGAGCUUGCAACUUUAAGCAAGGGAUUACCGUCUAUUUUGGCUCUAGACAGUGAGACAUUAGAGAACCUCGACUUGUUUAAAGAUAAGCUCCCAGAAUUCCCGCCUGAGCUGGUGCUCAUGAAAAAGCUUUUCAGAGUUUGGAGAUUCUUAAUUGCUUUUGCUGAUGUUCUUGGUCUCUGGCCCUUCACAUUGGACGAGUUCAUUGAAGCGUUGCAUGAUUGUGAUUCAAGAUUGCUGGGAGAGAUCCAUAUGGCUAUAUUGAGAUGCAUUAUGAAAGACAUUGAAGAUGUUGCAAGGGCACCUGCCAAUACAAUGGGAGCAAAUCAAAGUUCUGCUUUCAACCCUCUUGGAGGACAUCCACACGUUGUUGAAGGGGCAUAUGCUUGGGGUUUUGACUUUCAUAACUGGCAGCGCCUCCUGACUCCAUUAACUUGGCCUGAGGUGCUGAGGCAAUUUGCUCUGUCUGCAGGUUUUGGGCCAAAGUUGAAGAAGCGAAUUACAAAUAAUCCAGCUCAUGCCCCUGAUGAUAAUGAGGCAUGAACUUUUUUCUAUUUAGUGGUGCUUGUUGCAUGUUGAUUAUAUCUUUAGCAUGUGUCUACACGUCUCCAAAAGCUGCUAGCCUAAAAUAUAUAUGAAUAACGAGGUUCAAAAAUAUUCAUUGCACAUAUAAUUAUUUUUCGAGUAAGAGAAUUCCUCACACUUUCCAUUUGGUUUGAUAUAAUUCUUCCAGUUUUAUGAUAUUUUAAUGAAUAUAUUUAACUGCAGUGUGAUGAUGGUGCAGCUGCAAUAUCCAACCUACGAAGUGGAUUGGCUGCUGAAAAUGCUGUCACCAUUAUGCAAGAAAGAGGUUUAUCAAAUUCUCGAAGGUCUAGGCAUCGAUUGACUCCUGGGACAGUCAAAUACGCAGCAUUUCACAUUCUAUCACUCGAGGGAAGCAAGGGACUUACAAUACUUGAAGUUGCUGACAAGAUCCAGAGAUCUGGACUCAGGGAUCUCACGACAAGCAAAACACCGGAAGCUUCUAUUUCGGCUGCUUUGUCUAGGGACACGAAGCUGUUCGAGAGAACAGCCCCUUCUACUUACUGCGUACGCUCUCCUUACAGAAAGGACCCUUCUAACGCCGAGGAAAUUCUAUCGUCUGCCAGAGACAGAGUCCUCGCGUGCCAAAAUGGAAUUGUGGAAGAAGAAGCUGAGAAGGAAGACCUCGCAAGAGAUCAAGAAUCUGAAAGUGAUGGCCCGGAUGAUCCUGAUGAUGUUGAUGAUUUGGAUGCUGUUACAAAAACAAACGAAGCUUCUCAUUAUGGAGAAAAUUCUAUAAGUGCCCUUGGGAGUUUGAAAAGUGAAGUUGCUGGUCAUGAUGUUGAGAACAUUGUAAAUGAUGAAUGCGGCCCUGGAGAACAAUGGAUUCAAGGGCUUUCUGAAAUGGAGUAUGCAGAUUUAAGCAUCGAGGAGCGUCUAGGUGCACUUGUUGCCUUAGUUGGCGUAGCGAAUGAAGGGAAUGCUAUUCGUAUUGCAUUGGAGGAACGACUGGAAGCGGCAAAUGCUCUAAAGAAGCAAAUGUGGGCCGAGGCCCAACUUGAUAAGCGGCGUUUCAAAGACGAGCUUAGUUUCAAAUUUCAGCAUCAAUCAUCAGUUGAGCACAGGAGAAGCCCGAUGGCGAGUGUGUACAUGAAAAACGAGUCAUCAUCCUUGAAAAAAGAGUCAUCAUUCGCCGACUUGAACGAUCAGCAGAAUGAAGAAAAUUAUCGUAACAGCAAUAUUACUGAAAAGAGCCCCUUAGUGCACGACUCCUUUGUAGUUUCUGAUAACAUGUUGCUUCAGCAAACUGCCGAGAAGUCACGAUCGCAAAUAAAAGCUUUAAUCGGUUACCGGGCAGAGGAAAUUUAUGUGCACCGGUCGUUGCCUCUUGGACAAGACCGAAGAAGGAACAGAUAUUGGCAGUUUAUGACAUCAUCAUCCCGAAAUGACCCAGGAUCUGGCAAAAUAUAUGUUGAGCUAUGUAAUCGCGUUUGGAGACUUAUUGAUUCGGAGUAGGGUUUUGAUGCUCUGCUGUCAUCUUUGGAUGUCCGUGGAAUUAGAGAAUAUCAUUUGCAUUCAAUGUUGCAAAGUAUUGGGGCAUCAUUCAAAAAAUCAGCGAGCAUUAAUUUGUUACGGUCAAAUUCCGGUGUCCAUUCUGGUGAAGAUUUCGAGAAAGAAUUUCCAGAUAUCAAACACAAGCUUGAAAACAAUGGAACAGAGGAAAACAAGGUUAUUGAAAGAUAUAAGGAUUAUUUCGAGUGGCUUUGGAAAGAAUGCUUUAAUAUAUCAGGCACCUUGAAGUACGGAACAUUUAGGCGUGAAAAGCUGCUGGAAAUUUGCAAAUCUUGUCAUGGCUUGUUUUCUUGGGAGGACAGUCACUGUCCUUACUGUCAUAGGACUCACAAAACUUUAGAGUUGCAUUUCAGUUUUGCAGAACACAUCAGCCAAUGUGAAAAGAAAAGUAGUGAAGGGGUUAAAGGGAUCAUACUAGACCUUUCUCUUCCCCCAAGGGUUAGAUUGCUGAAAGUUCAGUUGGCAUCCAUUGAGGCGUCUAUUCCUUCAGAUGCUUUUAGAACUGUUUGGUCAGACGAGUACAGGGAAUGUUGGAGUAGAAAGUUGUACGAGGCAUCAACAGCUGAAGACCUUCUUCAGACUCUGACAUUGCUUGAAGAUGGCAUCAAGAGAGAGUUUUUGUCGUCAAAUUACGAAACCACGUCUGAGAUUUUGACCUCAUCUGGAGCUGCUGGGAAUUGUGUCGAAACUUUGUUUAUGCCUAAAGAAGUUGCAGUACUUCCAUGGAUACCUCGAACAACGCCAGCUGUGGCUUUGAGGCUUAUGGAACUUGAUGUGUCCAUCUAUUAUACACCCGACCAGAAAGCAGCACACGAGAAAGAAAAAGAAUCUGGACACUUCAUCAAAUUUCCUUCUUCGGAAAAUUCCAUGGGCAACCCAUCACAAACUGGGCUCCCACAACAAGACAGCUGCUGGCCCAACCCAAUAAAUGGCCACACGACCCUCAAGCGUGGCCGGGGUCGCCCAAGAGGCCCUAGUCGCAUGGCCCGUGCCACAAAAGCCCAGAAAAAGCCCAUUAUAAAUCCCCAGGUUGGCCCAUCCAAUUUGACCCCAACAAAAGGUAAUAAUAAUAAAUACCCACCACUCCUCCCCAAAAACGGUCGUCGCUCGACCAUUGGCAGGCAAAAGCCCUCAUCCAUCAAUGAAAGGGGGGCCAGGGGCAAAAUUGUCUUUGAGGAUACUACCGCUUUACGACAAGAGGGUUGGAAUAUGGCUGAGGCCAAUGGUGCGGAAAAUUCCGCUAGUAGUUCCGGAAGAUCGGAAUCCGAGUAUGAUGAUGAUGUGUCGGCUGCCGGUUUUUCGGGGCACGAGCCGUAUAAUGAGAGUGUCGAUUACGAGCUUGAUAGGGAGGAUGAUGAUGUCGAUGGUGAUGUCAAAUAUGAGGAUAACUACAAUUAUUACGAUCAAGAGUAUGUAAAUAGUGACUACAACAAGGAGCAAAUCCAGUCGAGCCGUGGAGGGCAAGAUGGGAAGUUCGAUUCGAGUUCGGAGGGUGGUUCUUUGCCGUCUUCUUCUUCUUCGGAGUCCGAGUAUAGUUAUUGAAAACUUUGGGCAAAUUGUUGUAAUUUGUUUGUUGGAGUAGCUAAUUUGAACUGAUUUAAGUGUUAAAGUUAUGUGCCUAACUCUUGGGGAUGAAUGAUUUUCACUGAUAAUGUUGUGUUUAGAAAGUGUUUGCUGGAUGUCUACUCAAAUUAAAGGUGAAAUUGUCAUUUUGAGUGCAUUUUUUCCUGUCUUCAACUUUCCUAAAUUAAAUGGGCUUACAACUUGCGAUUUUUUUCCCCU